GAAAAGAUCAUGCGGAGCUACCACUGACUGACUGACUGAAUGGUGGGACGACAGCUCGCCUGGCGAAAGCUCAAAUCCCUGAAGGUCACCUUCCCCGAGAUCGUGGACGCGGUCGCCAGCUCGGAUAAGAAGCGGUUUGGGUUGUUGUAUCUCCCGCCGACAUCUCCAUCUACGGCUACGGGGGAGUUGACGGUGGAGUCUACAGCCGCGACUGAAAAAGCAGGGGAUACGACCAACACCAACACGGCCGACGAAACCGAAACCGCGACCGCGACCGCCCUCGCCGCCGCCGCCACCACCGACCAAGACCCCACGCACUACCUCAUCCGCGCGACGCAGGGCCACAGUAUCAAGACCGUCGAGGCCGCGGGCCUCCUGGAGCGGCUGAGUCUGACGACCGGCGCCGACCUCCCGUCGACGGUCGUCCACGGCACGUUCCACGGGGCGUGGCCGUUGAUUCUGGAAUCCGGGGGCCUGCGGUGCAUGGGCCGGAAUCAGGUGCAUUUCGCGACGGGCCCGGCGCGGGAGGUGGUUUUGGCGCGGUUGCCGCAGCAGGAGGCAGAAAAGGAAGAAGGGGCCGUCGGCGGGCAGGGGCAGGUGAUCUCGGGGAUGCGGCGCGACGCCCAGGUGUUGAUCUAUAUCGAUCUGGUGAAGGCGCUGGCGCGGGGGUGUCCGUUCUGGCGCAGUGAGAACGGGGUCAUCCUGAGUGAGGGCAUCGAGGGCCGCGUGCCGUUGGAGGUGGUCGAGGCCGUGGUCGAGCGGCGGCUGGGCACGAUCUGGGAGCGCGGGGCGGUCGUGCAGCCGUGGCCGGCGGAAUGGAAUCGGCGCCGGAAUCCUAAGGGGAAGGGGCAGCAGGCCAAGGGCCAGGCAGGGGGAAAGGCAGAGGGAAAGGCAGAGGGGUCCGACGGAAGGUGAUUUUUUUUUGG